AGCAUGCUGGUCAUCCUGCUGAACUGUGUCACCUUGGGCAUGUUCCAGCCCUGCGAGGACGUGGACUGCAAGUCGGAGCGAUGCACCAUCCUGGAGGCAUUUGACCAUUUCAUUUUCGCCUUCUUCGCUGUGGAGAUGGUCCUUAAGAUGGUAGCUCUGGGGAUCUUCGGGCAGAAGUGUUACCUAGGAGACACAUGGAAUCGCCUGGACUUCUUCAUCGUAAUGGCCGGCAUGAUGGAAUAUUCUCUGGAUGGGCACAAUGUAAGCUUAUCUGCCAUCCGUACUGUCCGGGUACUCAGGCCUCUACGAGCCAUUAACAGGGUCCCAAGUAUGCGAAUACUCGUUACCCUGCUGUUAGAUACUCUGCCUAUGUUAGGCAACGUCCUUCUCUUGUGCUUCUUUGUCUUUUUCAUCUUUGGGAUUGUCGGCGUGCAGCUCUGGGCAGGGCUGCUCAGAAACAGGUGUUUCGUAGACAGCAACUUUGCAAUGACAUACAACUUUACUCUCCCGCAGCCGUAUUACCAGCCGGAAGAAGGGGAGGAGAAUCCAUUCAUCUGCUCGUCCCAUCGGGAUAACGGCAUGCAGAAAUGCUCCAAUAUCCCAAACAGGAAGGAGUACAGGGUGGAGUGCACCUUGAGCAUGGACUCCUACAACCAAAAUUUGUAUAAUCCAGAUUUCAGCAACAGGAACGCCUGCAUAAACUGGAACCAAUAUUACAACGUAUGCAAGGCAGGGGAUGUAAACCCGCACAAUGGAGCUAUUAAUUUUGAUAACAUUGGCUAUGCCUGGAUAGCUAUUUUUCAGGUUAUAACCCUGGAAGGAUGGGUUGACAUCAUGUAUUAUGUUAUGGAUGCACAUUCUUUUUACAAUUUUAUAUAUUUUAUAUUGCUUAUAAUAGUGGGUUCUUUCUUCAUGAUUAACUUGUGCCUGGUUGUGAUAGCAACACAGUUUUCGGAAACAAAGCAGCGGGAGAACCAGCUGAUGAAGGAGCAGCGUGCCCGCUACCUCUCCAACGACAGCACCAUCGCCAGCUUCUCGGAGCCGGGCAGCUGCUACGAUGAACUUCUCAAAUAUAUCGGCCACAUCUUCCGGAAGGUAAAGCGGCGGACGUUACGUCUGUACAACAACUGGCAGAGCAAGCGCCGGAAAAAGGUCAACCCCAACAGCGCCCCCAACGGGCAAAGCCGCAGAAGCAAAAAACGCAUCACCUCCAUCCACCACCUCAUCCACCACCAUCACCACCACCACCACCACUACCACAUCAGCAAUGGGAGCCCUCGGGGGCUACGUUCCAACCCUGAGAUCUGUGACCUGGAGCUGAAGGUCAUGAAGUCUGGGAGCCAACUGAUGCUUCCGUCUCCAUCCCCCAACCUGCAUAGCCCUCCUCCUCAUCUGGAUUCAGAGUCUGUCCAUAGCAUUUACCAUGCUGACUGCCACGUCGAAGGACCCCAGGUGAAAUGCAAGUCUUCCAAUGCCACUGCAAGUAUUAAACUGACCGCUGGGCUCACCGCCAACCAUGGAAAUAUGAAUUAUCCAACCAUCUUGCCUUCUCCAGCUAGCAAAACCAGUUCCGCCCCGGUACCCAAAGGGAAGAAAAGUGGCAGCAGCCCUGUGGCCAUGGUUAAUAGCCCAGUGAGUUUGAAUGCAGCUCCUUUUGAGAAGCUCCGUCAACUGAUGGGAGAACAUGGUCUGUGUAGGACUUCCAGCAGGCUGUCGGGUUUGAACGUGCCGUGCCCUCUGCCCAGCCCCCAGCCCAGCAUCCUGACCUGCGAACUCCAGAACUGCCCCUACUGUGCUAACAUUCUGGAGGAUCCCGAGUUUGAGUUCAGUGAGUCCGACAGCUACGACUCUGACAACAACGGCGUCUACGAAUUCACGCAGGACCUGAGGCACGGAGACCAGAGAGAUCAGAUCCAGCAGCAGAGGAAUAAAAAGAGGAAGAAGAAGAAACCAAAGGAGAGGAAUAAAGUCGCUAGACUUUGGGUGGCUUUUGGCAACAAGCUGAAAAGGAUUGUGGAGAGCAAGUAUUUCAACCGUGGGAUUAUGAUCGCCAUUCUGAUCAACACGCUGAGCAUGGGAAUCGAGUAUCACGAGCAGCCGGACGAACUGACCAACGCUUUGGAGAUCAGUAACAUUGUCUUCACCAGCAUGUUUGCCCUGGAGAUGGUCCUUAAGCUCCUUGCCUUUGGUAUCUUCGGUUACAUCAAGAACCCAUACAACAUCUUCGACGGGAUCAUAGUCAUCAUCAGUGUCUGGGAGAUCAUUGGCCAAUCCGAUGGAGGCCUUUCUGUGCUGAGAACUUUUCGGCUGCUCAGGGUCCUCAAGCUGGUACGCUUCAUGCCCGCCCUUCGCCGCCAGCUGGUGGUCCUGAUGAAGACGAUGGAUAACGUGGCCACCUUCUGCAUGCUGCUCAUGCUCUUCAUCUUUAUUUUCAGCAUUCUCGGCAUGCAUCUUUUUGGAUGCAAGUUUAGCUUGAAAACUGAUACGGGGGACACAGUUCCAGACAGAAAGAAUUUUGAUUCCUUGCUCUGGGCCAUUGUGACCGUGUUUCAGAUCCUCACCCAGGAAGACUGGAACGUGGUGCUCUACAAUGGCAUGGCAUCCACCUCCUCGUGGGCGGCACUCUACUUCGUGGCCCUGAUGACCUUUGGCAACUACGUGCUCUUCAACCUCCUAGUUGCCAUCCUGGUAGAAGGCUUCCAAGCAGAGGGUGACGCCAACAAGUCGGACACGGAUGAGGACAAGACCUCUGCCAACUUUGAUGAGGAUAUUGAGAAGCUGAAAGACCUCUGCGCAACAGAGAUGAAGAUGUACUCCCUUGCCAUCACCCCAAACGGUCACGUGGAGGGCAGGGCGAGCAUACCCCCUCCCAUCAUCAUGCGCACUGCUGCUACUCCCAUGCCAACGCCAAAGUGCUCGCCGCACAUGGAUUCGGUGCACACCUUCGUGGACUCAAGGAGAGGGAGCAAUGCUUCAGUUGAUCCACUGAGCUACGAUCAAAAGUCCUUGUCCAGCCUCCGCAGCUCGCCGUGUGCAAACUGGGGACCCAACAGCAACUGGGGAAGCCGACGCUCAAGCUGGAACAGCCUCGGCAGGGCCCCAAGCCUCAAAAAGAAGAACCAGUCUGGGGAAAGAGAGUCCUUGCUCUCUGGGGAGGGGAAAGGGAGCACGGAUGAUGACUCUGAUGAUGCCAAGUCCAGCACUGUCAGCAGAGCCACCCUGCACCGCCGGGCGGAGUCCCUGGAUUACAGAAGCUCCUUGGACUUGCCUGAGCUUCUCCAGCUCCCCACCAUGCGCCACUCCCUCAGCAUCAACCCCAUGGCCAUGCUGCCCACAGAGUACCAGGACUGCAAUGGCAAAAUGGUGCAUGUGCCCAGCGAGUUCUUCCUGCGCAUCGACAGCCACAAGGACGACCUCUUGGACUACGACGACGACAUGGACGAUAGUUACUGCUACAGGAUUCGUAAAGCCCUGGAGCCCUACAAACCGGAAUGGUGCAAGAAUCACGAAGACUGGUCCCUCUACUUGUUUUCUCCUCAGAAUCGGAUUCGAGCGAUGUGCCAGAAGGUUAUAGCCCACAAAAUGUUUGACCAUGUAGUUCUGGUCUUCAUCUUUCUCAACUGCAUCACCAUUGCACUGGAGAGGCCCGAUAUUGACCCCCACAGCACGGAGAGGAUAUUUCUGAGUGUCUCCAAUUACAUCUUCACUGCAAUCUUUGUUGCUGAGAUGAUGGUGAAGGUGGUGGCCCUUGGCUUCUUCUCUGGGGAAAAUACCUAUCUCCAAAGCAGCUGGAAUGUCCUGGAUGGGGUCCUGGUCUUUGUAUCCAUCAUUGAUAUUAUCGUCUCCAUGGCAUCAGCAGGCGGGGCUAAGAUUUUGGGUAUCCUUCGAGUCUUAAGAUUGCUGCGGACCUUGAGGCCUCUCCGAGUCAUCAGCAGAGCCCCAGGUCUAAAACUGGUGGUGGAGACCUUGAUAUCGUCCCUGAGGCCUAUUGGAAAUAUUGUGCUUAUCUGCUGUGCUUUCUUCAUUAUCUUCGGGAUCUUAGGGGUUCAGCUUUUUAAGGGCAAGUUCUACAGCUGCGAAGGACCAGACACCAAAAACAUCUCCACUAAAGCCGACUGCACUAGCAUGCACUACAGAUGGGUCCGGCGGAAGUACAACUUCGACAAUUUAGGACAGGCUCUGAUGUCCUUGUUUGUCCUCUCAUCCAAAGACGGCUGGGUGAACAUCAUGUAUGAUGGCCUGGAUGCUGUGGGCAUUGACCAGCAGCCCGUCCAGAACCACAACCCAUGGAUGCUUCUCUACUUCAUCUCCUUCCUGCUCAUCGUGAGCUUUUUCGUGCUCAACAUGUUCGUGGGGGUGGUGGUGGAGAAUUUCCACAAGUGUCGGCAGCACCAGGAGGCAGAAGAGGCCCGUCGGCGGGAGGAGAAGCGGCUGAGGCGCCUGGAGAAAAAGCGCAGGAAAGCCCAGCGCAGACCCUACUAUGCUGACUAUUCCCCGACGCGGAGGUAUAUCCACACCCUCUGUACCAGCCACUAUCUGGACUUGUUCAUUACUUUCAUCAUUGGGGUCAAUGUCAUCACCAUGUCAAUGGAGCACUAUAACCAGCCCAAGUCCCUGGAUGAAGCUCUGAAGUACUGCAACUACGUGUUCACCAUCGUUUUUGUGUUUGAAGCUGUUCUGAAGUUGGUGGCAUUUGGUUUUCGAAGAUUCUUUAAAGACAGGUGGAACCAGCUGGACCUGGCCAUAGUUCUCCUCUCAAUCAUGGGCAUCACGCUGGAGGAAAUUGAAAUGAAUGCCGCGCUGCCUAUCAAUCCCACGAUCAUACGCAUCAUGCGGGUGCUACGCAUAGCAAGAGUGUUGAAACUGCUCAAGAUGGCCACGGGGAUGCGAGCUCUCUUGGACACAGUGGUGCAGGCGCUACCCCAGGUAGGGAACCUUGGCCUACUUUUUAUGCUCCUGUUUUUUAUCUAUGCUGCCCUGGGAGUGGAGCUGUUUGGAAAGCUAGACUGCAGCGAAGACAAUCCCUGCGAAGGUCUGAGCCGGCACGCAACCUUCACCAACUUCGGCAUGGCCUUUCUCACCCUCUUCAGGGUGUCGACUGGGGACAACUGGAAUGGGAUCAUGAAGGACACGCUGCGGGAAUGCACCAGGGAGGACAAGCACUGCCUGAGUUACCUGCCCAUCAUCUCCCCCGUCUACUUCGUCACCUUCGUCCUCAUCGCCCAGUUUGUCCUCGUCAACGUGGUGGUGGCCGUGCUGAUGAAGCACCUGGAGGAGAGCAACAAGGAAGCCAAGGAGGACGCGGAGAUGGACGCGGAGAUAGAGCUAGAAAUGUCCAGAGGAGGGAGCACCCCGGCCAACAGCGGGGGUGGAAGUGGCACCUCUGCCUCGGACGUCAGGGCCCCCUACGGGAGCCAGGAGGCCAUGAAGCCAGAGUCCCCCAUGCGAGUGAAACAUCAAGCCCUGGAGGCACUGAGCUGUGAGAAUGUGUCUUUAGCCAUCCCAGACUCAGACCCGCUGGAGGGCAGAGAGACUCCCCGGAUGGAAAACACGUCCUUCCGCUCUGUUCCUCACCACCAUGUCCUGACACCUUCCCACAAAACCCCAGGCCGCGAGUCAGAGGAAGGCGCUGCCUGCAUGAGAGCAAAGAGAGAGCCUCAGAACUUCCUAACGGUUCGCAAGAUCUCAGUGUCCCGGAUGCACUCCUUGCCCAACGACAGCUACAUGUUCCGCCCUGUGAUGCCGGCCAAGGCCCCGUUCCCUCUCCAUGAAGUGGAGAUGGAGACCUAUCCCUGCAAAUCACAAAGAGGGUCUGUCACCUCCAUCCGUUCCCAGCCCAUGGAAACAUGCUCCUCUCUGAGAGUCCCAAGGGCGUCGCUUCAGGUGACUGCUGUAUCGUCUCACCGCGACAGCUGUGACGCAUGGAAGAUCCUUUCUCCACAGUCCACGUUGCGAUCUCCCAGUCUCAACAGGCUGCUGUGUAGACAGGAGGCCAUUAGAACGGAUUCCUUGGAUGGGCAGAAUACAGAUUCCAAGGACAGUCUGCAAGCUGAGUCCAGCGAGAGCCUGCAGCCGAAGAAGCGGUCCCAGAGCAGCUUAGGUCCAGCUUUGCUCCAUCCUAGCCCACUCUCCCAGCCGGGCACUCCCCCACAUUCCCCGACGUCAUCCUCACACCAUCGACGCUCGAGCGUUCGUACCCGCAAGCACACUUACAGCCAGCACAGUAUUCCGAGCAGGCCUUCCAGUCAAAACAGCAACCCAGCCAGCCCCGAGAACUCUCUGUUUGAAUCCUCAGACCUGGCUGACGAAGAAGUCAGCCACAUAAACAGCUCGGUAAAAGACUGGCAAGAGCAGCCGGAAAUCAGGACCCGCUCGGUCUCUCCUUUCAUCUCCCCGGCUUCAUCUCUGGUCCCCCUCAAGAACUGCAGCACAGCCAGCCUGGCCGGGAGCAACGGCAGAGAGAGAGACUUGAAGAAGUUUUACAGUGUUGAUACUAAAGGGUUCCUGGACAAGCCCAACUGGGCAGACGACCAAAGAAGGCACUCCAUCGAGAUCUGCCCUUCCAUUGACAAUGGAGAUGGUAGCUUGGAACAGCCUGCGGAAGGGAAGCAAAGGUCUCCUGUCCACGUUCAGUCUGAGUCGGAGUAUAUCCACGGGGCUCGGAGGAAGAAGAAGAUGAGCCCACCUUGCAUUUCUAUAGAUCCUCCCAUGGAGGAUGAAAGCAGCGCGGCUUCACGUACCAAAGCCUCUGAGAACAGCAUGCUGAGGAGAAGGACACCGUCGUGCGAAUCCACCGCGUACAGGGACUCCUUGGACCUGGCCGACAACCAGCCCGGGGAGCAGGCUUCUAAAGCAGAACGGCGGGUCCAGCCCACGUGUCGAGGGGAACACCUGACAAUCCCAAACUUCUCCUUCGAGCAGUCCGACCCCAGCUCCUCGAGCAGCCUCUCGGAUCUCCUUUCGGACAGCGGCCAGGGCGCGCCCUCCAGCGGGGUGUCUGUGGACUCCCGGCCAGACGCCGCGGCGCUAGAACUGAAAAAGCUGGAUCACUUAAAAACUCAGUGCAACAACCCUGAGAAAAACAAAGAGCUUCUAGGCGUUACUAAGAGCCCCAUAAGGCGGCACGGACUGGUCCCUAUGACUGUUGCAACAGAUGAAGACAUAGACGAACCAGUAUAGCUUUGUAGGGGCGGGAGAGGGAAGUCUCAAGGGCUUGACACCGAUGUGGUUUUGAAACAGCACCCCUGUGCGGAAGGGACUGCAAAGCCACAUGUUCGUGGCUGAUUCUUCUUCCCCCCAGUCACUCGCUCCUAAGCGCUGUCGGGGGAUGGGUUUGCAAAAAGUAAUACAGAAACGCCACAAGGUGUAGGGCGGGGGAGGGGGAUAUGCAAGCGUGUUUCUUUUCUAAAGGGAAGAUGGAGUUGCUUUUUUUUUUUCCCCAGGUGGCCUCAAUCACAUUGAUUUGGGUUCGGGCUGUGUUCGUUUGUUUUCUUUCUGUUUUGUAACCGUUCUCGACUUUUAAACUGGCACCAUUUAUUGUGUGGAGACGCCACAGUAUGCAGACGUGCCCAGGAGACGGGAGCUGGACAUUGUCUGUCUAUCGGCAGUGAUAUAAAUAGAAAUAAUGUAUUUGUGAGAUACAAAAGCUACAAAAAAACCACAAAAAAAUACCCACAAAAAACUCUCUCUUCAUAAUGCACAUAUUUUUAUAGAGAAGCGAUACUGUUUUUUGCAUUACGUCCGACUCCCCAAACAGGAGGUGUUUUCUUGGGUUUUAUGUGGAAGUAAUUAUUAAGGCUGGUUUUUUUCCCCCAAAUGUUUCUCUUCUUUCUUUGCUUUCAUUCUUCUUUUCUCUCCUUCCUCUUUUCUCCCUCCACAAUCAUCCUGCUGGCUUCUAUUCACAGCUGAUGCUUUUUUGAAGUCUCUCUUUCUUUCCAUUUAUUUUACUUUGGUACUUUAGAGGAUGUCCGCUCUAAAGAAAAAAAAUAACCAAAUCACUACUGAAUUGUAGCCAGUGCAAUAAUAAGUUAUUCAUUCUUGUCUGUACAAACUGUCCUUUUUUAUUUUUAUUUUUUUUUUUUGCUUUUACUGAAUUCAGGUUAAAUGUUGCAAUAAUCUGAACUAAUGUGCACAAGCAAAGCUUCUUGAGUUUAAAAAAGAAAAGGAAAAAAAAAAGAAAUUUACAACGAGAUAAAGGAAAAAAGAAAACAAAUAAAUAGUAAAUUAUUUAAGAAAUGUAUUUUGUUUACUGCAGUCAAAGUAAAUUAUUGAUACAGUAUGUAAAGGUUUUAAGAGUCGUCUUAGAUGAUGUUCUUUGUAAGCAUUUAAGCUAACGAUUUGUUUUCUUCAUAGCGUAAUGCCUUUGAAAAGAAGGUGAGAUCAGUAAUUGUAUCAUUUGCACUCUUUGUGUUCCUUUUCCCUACACACACACACACACACACACACACACACAGAGCCACACAAGCCCACUAGCACUCUCAAUCCAUGUGGAAAGGCCUCUUUUCACUAGCAGCAUAGGAUCAACAAGAAGCCACUAGCAGAAUUAAAGUCAUUUAUUAACACCCCCAACUCGUAUUUUUAUUUUUCCUUUUUUAAUCUUCUUUCCUCCCCCACUCUCCAUCCCAAACCCCUUUCUCCAUGCGACGGCUCUGCCAAUGGAAAGCUGCUGCUGCUUAAUGAAAACAAUAAACCACACCAACACCGUGCGAGGGUGCGGGGCAAAAUCGAGCGCCAGACGGCCACGACGGUGACAGCAGCAGCAAAAUAAUAAUUCUCUCUUUUUUUUUUUCCGUUCCAUGCCGCCUCAUAUUUAUGCAUUCACGUAUAUCUUCUGUUAUUUAUGCAUUCAUUACUCAGAAAAAAUGUAUCUUGUUUCACAUGUAUUAAACUGU